AUGUCGGAAGCCCAGCAGGCGAGGCAGAAGGCUGCCUUGCCUGAACAGGCAACUUCUCUGGGAAAAAGCAUGGACAAGGAAGCUGUGUGCCCUGUGCAAUCCAGGUCAGGAGAAGAAUACACAGAUGCUUCUUGCCACUGUGGGGGGAAAGCUGGUGUGGUGAAAGCUCAACUGGAGAUGCAGGUGGCCAGAAAUAAAAAGAGGGGGGGGAACAACCAAAAGGAUAUUUUAAAACACGUUGAUGGGAAAAAACGUUGUAGAAAGACCAUCACCCCCUUGCAGGAUGUGGAUGGCCACUUGACCAACAGGGACAGAGACACGCUCUUGGGAAGAAAGAAACCUUCUGGCAGACAAAACCAGAGCAGUGGAGGCACCGAUCUGCUCAGGCACAGAGUGCUGGGGUGUUUCCAGUUGGGAACGCUGCAGUGUCCUGGGAGCCGUGGGCUUGACACUGCUGGCAGCAGCACUCCUCCUGCUGCUCCUGGGACCCCCCUGUGCAAAGCCUCGGGCUGUAGCCCCGGCCGUCCUCAACAGCGGAGUGCAGCCCACAAUGCCGGGGACAGCGAUGGUGCCGCCCUGCUCCGCUGCUCAUCGGCUCCUGCAGCCACCUCUGGGUGCUGCCCUGCCCCAGCUGUGCCGCCGGCCAGCCCGACGGCUGCCAGGCGGCAGCCACUGCCCGGCGCGCAGCAGGAAGCAGGGCAAAAGAAGCAGCUGCAGGAGCUGUACCAGCUGGGCCCGCAGCUGGGCAGCGGCGGCUUCGGCACCGUUUUCUCGGGCAUGCGCCUCUCCGACGGGAGCCCGGUGGCCAUCAAACGCGUGGCCCGGGAGAGCGUCCUGCAGUGGGACGAGCUGCCGGACGGCACCCGUGUUCCAAUGGAAAUCGUGCUGAUGGAGAAGGUGGGCUCUGGCUGCCACUACAUCAUCCAGCUCCUCGACUGGUUUGAGCUGCCUGACAGCUUCGUGCUGGUCAUGGAGCGUCCAGUGGCAUCACAGGAUCUCCUGCAGUUCCUGCUGGAGCAGGAGCUCCUGUGCGAGGAGAUGGCGCGCUGGCUUUUCUGCCAGGUGCUGGAGGCCGUGCGGCACUGCACCGCCUGCGGCGUCCUGCACCGUGACAUCAAGCCCGAGAACCUCCUCGUGGACCCGGAGAGUGGCGACCUGAAACUCAUUGAUUUCGGUUGCGGCACCUUCCUCCAAGAGCGACCCUUCACACGAUUUGCCGGAAUACACGGGUACAGCCCACCCGAGUGGAUCGCCCUUGGCUGCUACCACGGCCAUUCGGCAACCAUCUGGUCCCUGGGCGUGCUGCUGUACGUCAUGGUCUGCGGGAGUCUCCCCUUCUGGGACGACCGCGACAUCGUGUCGGGGCAGCUCUUCUUCGAGCACCAGGUCUCUCCAGCGUGUGAAGAUCUGAUCCGCUGGUGUUUGGCCAAGCACCCUGCGGACAGGCCGGAGCUGGAGGACAUCUUGUGCCACCCUUGGGUGCGGGGCGGGCAUUUUUGAUGCCUUGCCGGAUCCUCUGCAGCACCCAGUUACCACGUCCCACGCAGGACCCAAAUAAUAAAACAACCACAAACCCAUUGCGGGGUGUCAAGUCUGGUCCUUGUCAGCAGCUUCAGCUAAAGAAACCUCUUGGGAAAAGGGGUAGUCCAAGUGCUCCCUUCAGCCUUCUUCAAGCUUUCGACACCUUUCCUCAAGCAUGGUGCCUUUGUGUCUUCGGGCACGGGCUGUAGUGCAGGUAGGAAGGGCUUUAACAAGCCAAAGAAUGCAACAGUGAAACAACAGCUGUCCUUUCAAGCUGAUGCGGCCACUUGGGUGUCUCCUGAAGUGAAACAAGGGAGGGCUCUGGCUGCAUUCCAAGGGCCAGCAGUUGCCAGGGGCAGAGGCAUUUGCUCUGCUAGCAAAGCUGGGAGAAGAACCAGAAGCAACAAAAGGUCAUUUCAUGUUGAGCCCUGA